AUGUCUUCACACCUUGGCAGUUCUAAAACACCAUCAUCCAAAGGGGAUGGAAGAAUAAAAGGUCCAGUAUUAUCCAGGGUACACCCGAUUCUGGUGGAUAUUCAGGAUAUCAACCAUCUGGUAUGGGUCCUUCAAGGCCAGACCCUCACAGCUGUCCCUAGGAAGGACCAAAUGGAUCCAGUCACUGUUACCUUAAUCUCAUGCAAGUAUACAGAGACUCUUGAGAAGGGCAGGGGGAAUCCUGUCUACUUGGGACUGAAGGAGCCGGAGCUUUGCCUAUUCUGCACAAAGGUCGAGGGGCAGCCCACACUGCAGCUGCAGGAACGGAACAUAAUGGAUCUGUACCACCAAACUGAGCCUGUGAAGCCUUUUCUCUUCUACCAUGACCAAAAUGGCAGGGCCUCCAGCUUUGAGUCUGUGGCCUUCCCUGGCUGGUUCAUUGGCUCCUGCUCCAAUGGAGGCUGUCCUGUGAUUAUCACCCAGGAAUUGGGGAAAAUCUACACUACUGACUUUGGGUUCACAGUACUCCAGGCUUAA